CCCACACUCGGGUUAUCUAAUCGCGGGCGCCCGAGGUACGACCCGCGAGGUCCGCAGACUCUAACCUGACGUGGACCGCCACUGUCCCUCCUCUCCACCCCCACCCCUCACCAGACCCGCAGAGACCAACCAAGGGGCCAGGAAAAUUGUCACAUGAAGCCGGGAUUCACGUGACUCGGAGUACACGUGAUCUCCAGUCGCCCGGCACCUCCGGGAGAGUAAGGACGCAGGGGACCAGUCUCUGGACACCUCCUGGAGAGUAAGGACGCGGGGAAGCAGAGAUGGUUCGCGCCACGCCGCCGCCACUGCUCCUAUUGUUGCUGCUUCUCUCCCAGGAGCCCCGAAGCAAGGCAGCCCCCAAGCAGGACGAGAUCCAGUGCCUCCCUGGGCUGGCCAAGCAGCCGUCUUUCAACCAGUACUCCGGCUACCUCAGAGGCUCCGGCUCCAAACGCCUGCAUUACUGGUUUGUGGAGUCCCAGAAGAACCCCGAGGAAAGCCCUGUGGUGCUUUGGCUCAACGGGGGUCCGGGAUGCAGCUCCCUGGAUGGCUUGCUCACAGAGCACGGCCCCUUCCUGGUCCAGCCAGAUGGCAUCACCCUGGAGUACAACCCCUAUUCUUGGAACCUGGUUGCCAAUAUGUUAUACCUCGAAUCCCCAGCUGGGGUGGGCUUCUCCUACUCAGAUGACAAGUAUUAUGUGACCAACGACACUGAGGUCGCCCAGAACAAUUUUGAGGCUCUCCAAGAUUUCUUCCGCCUCUUCCCAGAGUACAGGGACAAUGAACUUUUCCUUACGGGCGAGAGCUACGCCGGCAUCUACAUCCCCACCCUGGCCGUGCUGGUCAUGCAGGACCCCAGUAUGAACCUGCAGGGACUUGCUGUGGGCAAUGGACUCUCCUCCUAUGAGCAGAAUGACAACUCCCUGGUCUAUUUUGCCUACUACCAUGGUCUCCUGGGGAACAGGCUCUGGUCUUCACUCCAGACCCACUGCUGCCCUCAAAACAAGUGUAACUUCUAUGACAACAAAGACCCAGAAUGUGUGACUAGUCUUCAGGAAGUGUCCCGCAUCGUGGCGAACUCCGGCCUCAACAUCUACAACCUCUACGCCCCGUGUGCCGGGGGGGUGCCUGGCCAUUUAAGGUAUGAGAAGGACUCGAUUGUGAGCCAGGACUUGGGCAACAUCUUCACUCGCCUGCCACUCAAGCGGGUGUGGCAUCAGGUGCUGCUGCGUUCUGGGGCUAGGGUGCGCUUGGACCCCCCCUGCACCAACACCACAGCCCCCUCUACCUACCUCAACAACCCUUACGUGCGCAAGGCCCUCCACAUCCCCGAGCAGCUGCCCAGCUGGGAAAUGUGCAACUUCCUGGUGAAUAUGCAAUACCGCCGUCUCUACCAAACUAUGAACUCCCAGUACCUUAAGCUGCUCAGCUCACAGAGGUACCGGAUCCUGCUGUACAAUGGAGAUGUGGACAUGGCCUGCAAUUUCAUGGGGGAUGAGUGGUUUGUGGAUUCCCUCAACCAGAAGAUGGAGGUACAGCGCAGACCCUGGUUGGUGGACUACGGGGAGAGCGGGGAGCAGAUUGCUGGCUUCGUGAAGGAGUUCUCCCACUUUGCCUUUCUCACCGUCAAGGGCGCUGGACACAUGGUCCCCACCGACAAGCCCCGGGCUGCUCUCACCAUGUUCUCCCGCUUCCUGAACAAGGAGCCUUACUGAUGAGCGUGGGACCAGCACCCCCACAGCCAGACCCAGCACCUCCCAGUCUCUCUCAGCCUCUCCUGCUAGGAGGGAGGCCUUGCUUUAUGCACAACGUCCCUGCGGGACAGGUCCCUGCCUCCAGAGCUGGCCCACACCAUCCCACAGCUCCAUGUGCCUCACACCAGGCACCAGUGCCUCCCGCAGACAGCCUAGGGGUGAGUUAGCACUUUAUUCCUGCCACAGUUCCUGCCUGGGGUGGGGCCUGGCCCCCUCCCCUGCUUAAGGAAUGCCCCUCUUGAUGCACUGAUCCCACCCCAGGAACCCAGCUGGGCUCUGGAUGGCCCAUGGGGGAGCGGGGUGGGUGGACUAAUUCUGGAUUGAGUGUGAUUAUGGAAUUAAAUCAGGUACAGCUUAAAA